CAGUAUUGAGAGCUGCUUGCUUAAACUUUGUUGGAGAUCCAACUUUUGUAGUGACCUUUUUUGUUUGUUUUAAGGGUAGAGUGUCUUCAUGAUGUGUUUUUUCUCUCUCUCUCCUGCUUUACACAAACCACACUCAGUAUAAUGCUAUUACAGGAGCUCUUCACAAAUCACUUGGUUUGCCAUCCCUCCAGAGGAGAAUUGGAUGCAACUUUUCCAGCCUUGCUGUGCACAAGCCUCUGCUUUUUCUGUGUAUUUAACAGUUAAGUGGAUUAUCAAGUUGGCUUGAAAAAAAGCCAAAGCAAAAACUCUCCACAGCCCAGCAGAAGAUGUUUCAAGUUGUUCAAUAUCAGCCUUUAAGACUAAUAACCCAAACCAGUCUUUCUAGCAUGUGUUUAAAACUGAUGCCUUCAAGACCUGUUGCCUUUGCACAGAUAUGGAAGUCACGGUUCUCAAGCUAUUCUCUUGUUGGAAACAAAAAUAUUAUCCUGAUGGGAGCUCCGGGUGCUGGGAAGACAACUGUUGGGAGAAUAGUAGGUCAGAAACUAGAUUGCCCUGUCAUAGACAUAGAUGAUGAUGUCCUUGAAACAACCUGGAAUAUGAGUGUGUCGGAAAAACUGCAGGAUGUUGGUAAUGAGCAAUUUUUAGAGGAGGAAGGAAAAGCCCUGUUGGAGUUCUCAGCAUCUGGAAGUGUCAUUUCCCUUACUGGGUCCAAUCCAAUGCAUGCUGCUGGCAUGCAGCAUGUGAAGAAAAAUGGAAUAGUUGUUUAUCUGGAUGUACCCACCACAGUCAUUAUGAGCAGGCUGAAGUCAAUGAAAGUGGAUCGCAUUGUGGGCCAGUCUCCUAGUGUUUCUCUCAAGGACAUACUUCAGUUUAGGAAGCAGUUCUACAGGAGGUGGUGUGACAUCCGUGUUCUUUGUGGAGGGGAUAUUACAGCAGAGGUUGCAGCAGAAAAGGUACUUGAUGCUGUGAAGAGAUACCAAAACUCAGAACUGGAAACUUUCAUUUCAACUAGGUCUAGUAGGUCUGGAAGGAGUAUGGAAAAAGACGCUGAUAAAUACUUCAGUGAUGUUGUUACGCAGGGCUUAGCCUCUGAUGGAGGACUUUUUGUUCCUGAGAAAGGACUUCCAAAAUUCACUGCUGGAGAAUGGCAGAGCCUAAUAGAAGCAACUUAUGUUGAAAGAGCCCAGGUGAUACUAGAAAGAUGUAUACAUCCUGCUGAUAUUCCUGCUUCUAAGCUGGCAGAAAUUAUUGAAACUGCUUAUGGAGAAAACUUUGCAUGUUCUAAAAUUGCCCCAGUCAGGCAUCUGACAGGCAAUCAGUUUCUCCUUGAGUUAUUUCAUGGGCCAACAGCAUCAUUUAAAGAUUUUGCAUUACAGCUAGUGCCACAUAUAUUUGCAUACUGCAUUCCCAGAAGCUGCAAUUACUUGAUUCUGGUAGCCACUUCUGGUGACACAGGAAGUGCUGUCCUAGAUGGCUUUAGUCGUCUCCAUGACACUGACAGACAGAGAAUUGCUGUGAUGAUUUUUUUUCCUGAGGAUGGAGUAAGCACAAUUCAAAAAUCACAGAUGAUUGGCUGUCAGAAGGAAAAUGCCUUGUCAGUAGGUGUCAAAUCUGAUUUUGAUUUUUGCCAGACGGCUAUAAAGCAAAUCUUUACUAAUUCUGAUUAUACUGGCUUUCUUACAGUAGAAUAUGGAACAGCUUUAGCUGCAGCAAACUCCAUAAACUGGGCACGACUGCUUCCUCAGAUAGUUUAUCAUGCCUCUGCAUACCUUGAUCUUGUUCAUCAAGAUGUUAUUCCUUUUGGAAGCCCUGUAGAUGUUUGCAUUCCUACAGGAAAUUUUGGCAACAUACUCUCUGCUUUGUAUGCUAAAAUGAUGGGAAUUCCUAUUAGAAAAUGUAUUUGUGCGUCCAAUGAAAAUAAUGUUUUGACCGACUUCAUAAGGACAGGUGUUUAUGAUUUGAGGGGAAGAAAACUAAUCCCAACUUUUUCACCAGCAGUAGAUAUUUUGAAGUCCUCCAAUCUUGAGCGAUACUUGCACCUGAUUGCUAAUGAAGAUGGACAGCUGGUGACACAAUUAUAUAACCAGCUGGAAAAUCAGGGCCACUUCCAGCUGCAGGAAGAUCUACUCAAAAAGCUUCAGCAAGACCUUGUGGCUGGAUGGUGCUCUGAGGAAGACUGCCUGGCCGCCAUUCACUCUGUGUACAGUACUACAGGGUAUAUUUUGGAUACACACACAGCUAUCGCUAAAGUAGUUGCAGAUAGAUUACAAGACAGAACCUGCCCAAUUAUUAUUUCAUCUACAGCUCAUUAUUCUAAGUUUGCACCUGCUAUCUUGAGGGCCUUGAAGAUUGCAGAAAUAAACCAGAAUCCAUUAAGUCAGCUUCACUUGCUGAGUUCUUACAGCCCUCUCCCUCCAGUCCACUGGGGCCUGUUAGAGACCCUGAAAAAAAAGGGCAACGAAGAUUACCAGGUCUGUGCUGCUGAUAUGAGUAUGCUGAUGUCCACUAUAGAAACCUUAAUUCAGAAUCAUUUUAUGAGAGUGCACUGAGCAACUGAUCAGGUGUCCAUGGUGUCAGUUGUGAUACCUACUUAGCAAGCCGCAUGUCUUAACAAAGUGAUGAUUUGCCUGGCCUGUGUCCAGUC